UUGCUGUCUCUCUGCUUUAGAGAUUCAGAAUAUUCAGAGAGCUUCUUUCUAUGACAGUGUUUCUGGUCUUCAUGAGCCACCAGUGGACCGUAUCGUGGGUCUGGAUCAGGUGACGGGCAUGACGGAGACCGCCUUUGGCUCUGCGUAUAAAACCAAGAAGGGCAUGUUCCGGACCGUCGGGCAGCUCUACAAAGAGUCUCUCACCAAGCUGAUGGCGACCCUCCGGAACACCAACCCUAACUUCGUUCGCUGCAUCAUUCCAAAUCACGAGAAGCGGGCUGGAAAACUGGACCCGCACCUGGUGCUAGACCAGCUUCGCUGUAACGGCGUCCUGGAAGGCAUCCGGAUCUGUCGCCAGGGCUUCCCCAACCGGAUAGUUUUCCAGGAAUUCAGACAGAGAUACGAGAUCCUGACUCCGAAUGCUAUUCCUAAGGGUUUCAUGGACGGCAAGCAGGCUUGUGAACGAAUGAUCCGGGCUUUAGAAUUGGACCCGAACUUGUACAGAAUCGGACAGAGCAAGAUAUUUUUCAGAGCUGGCGUUUUGGCGCACUUAGAGGAAGAAAGGGAUCUAAAGAUUACCGACAUCAUUAUCUUCUUCCAGGCUGUCUGCAGAGGUUACCUGGCCAGGAAGGCCUUCGCCAAGAAGCAGCAGCAGCUGAGCGCGCUCAAGGUCCUGCAGCGGAACUGCGCCGCCUACCUGAAGCUUCGACACUGGCAGUGGUGGCGGGUCUUCACGAAGGUGAAGCCGCUCCUGCAGGUGACCCGCCAGGAGGAGGAGCUUCAGGCCAAAGACGAGGAGCUGCUGAAGGUGAAGGAGAGGCAGACGAAGGUGGAGGGCGAGCUGGAGGAGAUGGAGAGGAAGCACCAGCAGGUGCGCGUGCGGCCGCGAUGGGGACCCUCACCCCCCCGCCCCGGGGACCCGCCGCGGUGUCUGACCCUCCGCCACGUCCUCACUGCUCCCCAAAGCACAGGCAUUUGGGAGGAGAAGUGACAGGCGCGCCGCCCC